AACAUAAAUAUCAUCUACAACCUAAAAUCAAUCGAUAAUUAAGUUUUUGAUACAAAGCUUACAAUAAUUGUUUGAAAUACUAGAAAAUUAGAGUAAAAGUGCUACUAAGAAUACAUUGUUCAUUAUUUUGUAAAGAAAAAUUGACAAUGUUUCACUAAAGUAACAUGGGCCGAACUAAACGAAAAAGAAAAUUAAAGAAAGAUCCCGAUUAUUGCAAAUGUAAUAAUAGCGAGGAAUUAAUAUCCUUAAACUCCUGGUUGAUAAAACAUGGUGUACAGCGAAAUAAAAAAUUGGGCCUAGCAGUUUUUAAAGAUACUGGACGUGGAGUGCUCACAAAAAAGAAGAUUUGUGCCGGCGAUGAACUAAUUAACCUUCCUUUAAACUUGACUAUUAAUGUAACAACUUUGGUAAUAGAUAAAAUCUUUUGUAGUAUAUUUUUAGAGAAUCGGAAGCAAUGUUGCAUAGAAUAUAGUCGGGCAAUAUCAUUCCAGGCAUUAAUGUCAUUUUAUCUAGUUUAUCUUAAACUACAAGGUUCAGAAACGAAAUGGCAUAUUUAUUUAGAGAGCUUACCUAAAAAGUACACAGUUCCUUAUUUUUUACCAAGUGAAUUGCUAUCAUACAUAGAUAAAGAUAUAAUAUCUGUGAUUAUAAAACAGAAAGAUAUAAUAGAAAAAUCUUUUAAUAUUUUUGAGGAAAUUUUAAACAAUACCACAAGUAGGAAUGUAACAAUAGAUAAGUUAAAAAAGUAUUUUACUAAGUCUGUAUUUGAGUGGGCCUACUUCACAGUGAACACACGUUGCGUUUUCAUGGAUUUGACUAAUGUCAUUGAUUUGCAAGAUAUCAAAUGUUCCAUUAUUGCAAUGGUUAGUGAUAAUACAAAGAUAUCUCUUUGCCCAUACUUAGAUAUGAUAAACCACAGCCCGAAUGCAAAGAAUGAAACUAAGUUAGUAGUAAGUAGAAAUAUAAAAAAUGUUUCAGUAAACAAUAUACAAGAAGAGAUAUUUACAGAUGUACAAUUUUCUAUUUAUACAAAAAACAAUUUUAAACCCCAUUCCCAGGUGUUUAUUUGUUACGGGGACAGCCAUAACUUAAAAUUAAUUACAGAGUAUGGUUUCUGCAUUCCAGCGAACGAACUGGAUUGCGUCAAUUUCAGCUUUAACCAUAUAAAAACAUUUUUAAAUUCUAAAACAAUUCGCUUUUCUCAAGAUCAAUUAACAUUUAUCAGUAACCACAAUUUGAAUAAAGGUUUGUACAUUGACUUGCGGGGGCUCAGUUUUAAUUUCUAUGGCCUGUUAAUGGUUGCUAAAUAUUAUUAUAAGGAAAAUACUGAUGUAAGUCGGUUAAUCUAUUCUGCUGCCAUUUGCUCUGAUGAUAGACUGCUUAUAGAUUUAAUUAUACCUAUGAUCAAGGAGAAACUGGGCGAAAUAAAAUGUUCAAUUAGUAAAUUAAAUAGCUAUAAUUGUGACUGUGUUAUUUUAAAUAACUGUGUAGAACUUAUGUGUCAACAUGUCAUGAUAUUAGAGAAAUUUAUUAAAUGUUAG